GAGUGGAGGGGAGGGGGAAUGACUGGAACGUGGUCAUGUUGUUAUAGCUGUUCCACAGUGCACCAUGUCGAACUGCAGCGGCUAUGCAGAGGGCUGUGUGGGUAACGAGACUGUUUCUGGGGAUACUCUGGCCGAUGCCUCCAUGGACAUGCUGCACCAGGCACUGGGCAUAGUGCUCGCCAGCCUGCUGGCUAUGGUGGUCUUCUCUCUGGGCUGCACCAUCAAGGUUGACAAACUCUGGUCUCACCUGCGCCGGCCCUGGGCCAUCCUGGUGGGCCUCCUGUGCCAGUUCGGGCUCAUGCCCCUCACAGCGCACCUGCUCUCCCUGGCCUUUGCCGUCAGGCCCGUGCAGGCACUUGCCGUGCUCAUUAUGGGAUGUUGCCCUGGUGGGACUAUCUCCAACAUCAUCACCUACUGGCUCGAUGGCGACAUGGACCUCAGCAUCACCAUGACAUCUUGCUCAACGGUGCUUGGUCUGGGUAUGAUGCCGCUCUGCCUGUACAUCUACACACGCUUCUGGAUGGACAAGGGCAGCAUUAACAUUCCCUUCUUUAAUAUAGGUGUUACGCUCAUCACCUUGAUUGUCCCAGUUGCCUGUGGUGCCUUUGUCAAUUACAAGUGGCCCAAAGCAGCCAAAACAAUCUUGAAGGUGGGCAGUGUGCUUGGUUCCCUCCUCAUUCUGGUGAUUGCCAUUGCCAGUGUUGCCUUAUAUAAAGGCUCCUGGAAUACUGACACCUCUAUGGUGAUCAUUGGGGUCAUUUUCCCAUUGAUCGGCUACGCCGCUGGAUUCAUCAUCGCCAUUAUUGUAAGGCAACCAUGGCACAGGUGCAGGACGGUUGCCAUGGAGACAGGGGCGCAGAACGUGCAGAUCUGUUCUACCGUGCUGCAGCUCUCUUUCCCCCCAGAGCAGCUGGUGUUCAUGUUCAUCUUCCCUAUGAUUUAUGGCGUAUUCCAGCUGUCCAGUGGCCUCCUGCUGGUCGCAGUGUAUCAGACAUAUAAAAGGGUGGCUGUACAGAAACCAGAGGACACAACUGCUCUUGGACAUCUGCAGGGCAACCCCAGCCAUAGCAAUGGACAAGGCGAAGUUAAUGUGACAUUUGAAAAUGACCAGUCUGUCAUCCCAGUUAAGGAAGAUGCAUCUGAGUCUUUCCAAAUUUAAUCAAUUAAACCACAGAACAUAGCAAAAGUGCAAAUGCGUAAGUGCCUUGUGUUCGUAUGACUGUACUAGUCUUCAAAUAUUGAACUGCUGUAUUAAAAUUGAAGGAAUAAGUUCUGUGGAGGUUAUUUCCUGAGUGAGUAUUUAGUUAUAAAAAUACAUAAUUUUACUUUUUUGUAGAUUUCUUUUGCAUAAUUCCCUGCCAUUAGAAUUUAUUAAAAGACUGCCUUUCUAAACAACCUU